AAACGGCCAGCACUACUGAAGUCAAUGGUGCGCCAUUGUUGCCAGCUUCUGGAGAGAUUGGCCCAAAUACUCUCGAUUCGGCAGAGCAAUUCCAGGGAUCACGAAACGAAUCUGCAACGACCUGGGGAGAGUUGAGUGAACAGAACAUGGCCGACCAUUCAAAUUCUGUGACAUGUACCAAUGAAUCACGGCGCCGUGGCGAAGGUACGAUCGUGGAUUCUGAGGCUGGUCGUGAUGCCGGAUGGAACUUGCGAGAUACGCUUGAACCGCCAAUGCAGACUCCUGUCGCACUAUAUGGAUCUAGCGAGUCCUGCAACGCAGACUUGGCUGACGCCCGGAGAUUCCACGACGAAGUCACGAAGAAGGGGAUCAAAGGCCGCGGCUCAAGGUCAUCGGUUAAGCGCGUUCCUGCUCGUCGCCAGUCUUCUUCUCACAAUCGCAAAUCAUUUGCGGAUCCGCAAAGGAGUACCACGCCGACCACCAGUAAUCCAAUCAAAGGGGUGAACAAGGAGGCUUCCGAUCGUAUUCCACCACAUCUACGUGCGCGAUUGGAAGCACCAGCGCAGAGUUGCGCAAGCCCUCAUCGAACCGCUCAUCUACCAUGGAAACCGAAAGAAAGCGUCGCAGCUGCUUAUUCAUCGGAUAAGCCUUCUGCUGCUUCGUCAGCAGACAAAUCUCUCGCUGCUCCAUCAUCAGAUGAGUCUCUCGGCAAAAGCUCUCCAACAAGCAAGAAUAACGUGUCGUCAUUCGCUGAUACGGCGUUGAAUUCUCCUUCUCAUCGGGAAGAUUCAAGGGAAAGCCCAUCGUCCAAUGACGGUACAGGCAUCGACCAAAGUUCGAUUGGGCAGAUUACUGAUCUCCCAGCCACGAGUCCAACAGUGAAACCCAAGUCGGCCCCGGAAAGGGUGGAUGGAGCAUCACAUAAGGGCAAUCUCCCGCCGAUAGCGACUGAAAUUAAAUCGACGGUUGCCAUGGCCCAAGGAACACCCGUCAGCCCACCUCAUCCGCUGCAGUAUCGUGUCGAUUUUACGCACCAGGUGCCUCAGCACAGCGUCGUGAUACCACCGCCUCCAAACGGCAUUCAGCUCUCAGACCCUCAUCGUUCAAUCCAGAGUGCUUCACAUAUAACGAUGAACGCCAGCCAUGCGUAUGCAGCAGCCGAUCACCUUCAUGGCCUUCAGACAAUCUCACGCCCAUCCCCCUACAGAUCAAAUCCUGGGAUGCAGGCUUUGCCAUCCCAUGCAAUCUACGAUCAAGUUGCACCGUAUCCUGCCCAAGACCAGCAUUCUGUAUGGCCAUCUUCAACGCCUAUGCCUUCUACACCUGACCAAGCAUCAUGGCAGACAUCGCCUCCCGGACUACCAUACGUCCCAAGUACCCAAUCACAUGGCUUCUGGCGCUCAGUAGUACCAGUGAUACCCUCUUGGACCUCACUUGGUCCUCCAACGUUUCCUGCCCAUCAUGAGAUGCCGAGCGCGUACACAUUCGAUCAUGGUCAAAAGCCUGUUGGGUUCUUCGUGGACGACUCGCCUCCGAGCCCGGUGCCUGAUCACUUGUCCGCCCCUUCAAGCGGCGUUUCAUCGCUGAAAAUGAUCAACGGGUACAGCGCAUUCCCAACGGCUCUAGAUACAGUCGCUGCAGGACAGCAAUUGCCCCAAAGUUCGCAACACAACCAAACGCAGCUGUUGAUGAAUGGUGGUAUUCCAAGAGUGAGGCCAGCCCCAAACGAUGUGUAACAAUACUGUCAGCGAGUGAGUGUGAGGCUCAUUUUAAGAAGUCUGGUGUUCGCUUUUCUCGGGCUGUUGACAAUUCCUCGAACAAGAGCGGCAGAAUCGGUCACCGCGAGCAACCACUCCCUGCUAGCCCUGAGCCUCAACAGGAUGGAUAUACUGGACAAGAUCUUAUCAAUCUGGCCGAUGAUGAGGACGAAGCAUUGACUCGAGCUUCAUCGACCCUUGUUCUUCCCGAACAACG